GUUGGUGCAUUGGAAUUCACCUGUUUCUCCUUCAAUUCCCAGGCUCUCUGUUCCCGUUGAGACCGGCAGCGAUGGCAUCACACCAGCCAUUCUCCAAUAAACCGCGCACUGACGUGCUGGAGCUACACGUGUACAAUCCCACCGCCACUUCACCUUCUCCAGUACAGGUGGUAACCAACGACGACAGGCCUGGAUUGGUUGCGGCGUACUGGAGAGACCCGCUAGCCAAAUCAACCGGUCAACACGGUCUCAACAGCAGUGGAAUACAUUUCACGAUCACCGCCCACCCAGCCCUGAGUGUCUCGAUUCACGUUCAUUUCGGCCACAGCGGCACUGGCAGCAGCGGCGAUGGCAGGCAUGCACCAGCAGAGGAACCUCUACAUCCAUGCACGCUACACCGAGGAGUGAACAUAUGCCGCCGUAAUGGCAACGAACAAACCAAAGUGUGCUCCAAAGAGUCAAGAUACGUGCAGCACGACAUGUCUGCAAGGCCAGGACAACUAUUGCCAACACACAACCUGCAUCACGACCCGGCAAUGCUGGAGGAGCAGAAGCCAUACCUUAGCUGUGCCGGUGGAUAUGGUGACAUUGUUGUACCUCAUGGGCGUAUUCCACAUGGCGUGUACCUCUCCGUGUGGAUGGUCUAGUGCAUGGUCGACGGGUUGAUUUGCCUGCUCUUUCUUGCUCUCUUCUUUUUCUCUCUCUGUUACACAUACACACACUGGUCUCUCCCUUUAUCUGCCUUUCUCUCCCUCUUUUCCUUUGUCUUUCCCUAGCGCUCUUCGUCACACACACACACACACACACACACACACACACACACACACACACACACACACACACACACACACACACACACACACUCUCUCGCAAUUAUUUGUUCGACGUGUUUAUCUAUGGGUAUGCUAAAUCUCUUUCCGACUCUUUAUCUGUCUGUCUGUCUGUCUCCAUCUCCGGCAACCAUGCAGGCUCUUGUUUUGUUCUAUGCUGUUGUCUCUGCUGCUUUAGCCUGUCACUCCAUGGUGUUGUGGCUUGACCAUAACGGUAUUUAUUUACAGGUAGUUUUAGAGUAGGGCUUGACUAUAUUUUUUUAUAAAAUCCGGCAUUGUCAUGUGCAUGCAGG